CGGGUCGUGUGGCAUUAUGCGCUAGUUCGGCUGACACUCCAUGGGGAUACCUGGUGUACAGGGAUAAUGCCGUUGGUUGGAAAUUGAAGAUAUUACAUAUAGAUAAGUAGGCAUAACUACAUAAUACACAGUGUGUCAGUGCUGUUCAUGAUGGGGUGUCGAGGUAUUGUAGCGUUAUUGGUUUGUAUCGUCGGACUCGCUGCUGCUGCCCCAUGUUUGGAUUGUGUUGAAGACACUACCUCUGCAGAACCGGUUGACCUUGUUCUGUAUUAUGAGUCCAUGUGCCCCUACUGUCGCAAGUUCAUUACCACCCAGCUCUACCCUGCCUUUACCGCACUUCCUUCGAGUGUUCUCAAUCUCACAAUAGUGCCCUACGGUAAUGCCAGGGAACGGCAGCAGAACGGCAGCUGGGAGUUUGCCUGUCAGCACGGCCCCGUGGAGUGUCUUGGUAACCUGAUCGCCGCAUGUGCCCUGAACUACACUUCAUAUCAAGCCGAAGACUACAUGCCCUUCAUCAACUGCAUGGAGCUCAGCACGACUCAUGGUCAAGAGUUGUCCGCCCUACACAAGUGUGCGGCUGCAAACAAUGUGUCCGAGGACGACGUACUGACUUGUAUGAAGAACAAAGAUGGCGGGAAUCUGAUGCACGAGAUGGCGCUGGAAACGGAAGCUGCUAAAGUCCACUAUGUCCCCUGGAUUGUCGUGAACGGCCAACACACUACAAGCAUACAAAACAGCGCCUACAAAGAGCUGAUGGGUUUUCUCUGUAAGACGUACACCGGGCCACAACCGACUGCCUGUAAAGACCUUCCCAAACCACAGGUCGUGGGGUGAUGUCCUUGAUACCGAGACACGUGGGAUGUGGCAGCAACAUCUUUAAUACGUUUGCAUGGGGACAUUGACCAUAUGGGUAUUAAAAUAUUGCUAUUCGUUA